AUGUCAAUCAAUGAAAAUAAUGGUCUUUUAAUUCUCCAAACGCUUCUUCCUUCGGUGAAAAAGGCGAAAGACUUGAAUCUGGAACAGAAUCUUUCACAACUGCUGCACUUAGGUGGCGAUCCAGUGCUUUUUCUGCUAAAUGCAGGAGUAAAUGAGUUCUUUUCAAACAGCUUGAGCAGUUGCCUUUCCAACUGUCAAACUGUGAUUGACAUCUGUUGGGAAAAGUGCAACACAGGUCAUUGGCGGGAUGUUAAUGUCAUAUGGAGGGAAACAUAUUCUUAUGCAAGUGUUUUCAAGGCUCUCUGUCUUCACAGUAUGGAGAGGAAGACAGAGGCCAUGAAAGCUUGCGACAUGGGACUUCUCUUAGGUGCACCCAUAUUGGACAACAUUUUAACAAGGAUGGCAACUGAGUUUCAAAAGAUUGUUCAUCCAUACAGCGAAAGGGUGAAUGAUGAUGAGUCUGUUGAUCACAAAGCAGAAGGACAGCAAAAUCUUUGCGAAAAACAAGAUUUCAGAGUUGCUCAUACUGAAGAUACUUGUGGGAAAAGGAAAAUAACUGAUGAUGUCAAUAAACAAAAUGAAGCAUUCACAGAAAGCAGUUCUGUAAAGAAAAGAAAAAGCUUUGAAAUACCAGGGAUUGAUAAGAAGUUUAAAAUUGAUCAUGUCCAUUGCCCAUCCUUAGAAGCAUUUUUAAUAGACUACAUGCAGAAAGACAAACCAGUUAUUCUUGAAGGAGUAAUGGAUCAUUGGCCUGCCAGAACAACUCAUCAUUGGAGCAUAAAAUAUCUUAAGAGCAUUGCUGGUUGUCGCACCGUGCCUGUUGAGCUGGGUUCUCGAUACACAGAUGACACCUGGACACAAAAAUUAAUGACAGUUGCAGAUUUUAUCGAUAAUUAUGUUAAUCCAGUUGAGAGUGGUCAGGACUCAAAAAUUGCUUAUCUAGCUCAGCAUCAGUUAUUUGAUCAGAUACCAGAAUUAAGACGUGAUAUUAUCACACCUGAUUACUGUUGCCUUGGUGACAGUGAUAAUGAUGUCAUAAUUAAUGCUUGGUUUGGACCAAGAGGCACCAUUUCUCCAAUGCAUCAUGACCCGUAUCACAACCUGUUGGCACAAGUUGUUGGCGAUAAGUAUUUACGCUUGUAUUCUAAGACUGAAUCAGAAAAGUUGUAUCCUCACAAGUCUACACUACUGAAUAACACAAGCCAGGUAUUAAAUGACUCCUUGUUACAGGUAUCAUCAGCUAUCAGUAGUGACCACCAUUAGUGUAGGAACAGGUGGAAAUAUGUGCACUACCCAUUCAGUUCAGAGUGACAAAAAUCAGUGACAAAAUUGUUGAGACAUUGUCCUUAAAUGGGGUAACUUUGGAGAACAAAAAAAUCCACACCCUUCCCCUUUCCCCUCCAUUCCAGCACACUGCUUUCUGUAGAUGGUUCAUUUUGUCCAUACUGGUAGCUCAAACGGUGGCACAACAUUGCAUGGAGGGGUUUAAGGAUGGCAAAGUGUCUUAACUAGUUUUGUCGCCAAUUGUAGGAUAUGACUAUUGCCCUGUUAGCUCAUUGGAUAAGUACCUGUCUACCAAGCAGGAUGCUGCUGGUUCAAACCCCAGCCAGACCGACACUCAGGGUCUUAAAGCAACUGAGAAGAAAGUGCUGCCUUUGUAAAGACAUCUGCCAACAGCUACACUUCUUCUCGGAGAAGAAUGAUAAACUGUAGGCCCUGUUUCACAACCCUUGCACAAAUGAAUUUUUUGGGAUGUUGAAAUAGCCACACACUGUUCAUAAACGGUAGGGGAGGUAGUCCACAAUGUGGUGGUCUAUCUCUCAUUGGCAGGGUCUUUGAUAAGAUUUUGAGUAGAUGGAGAAGGAAAAAGCUUGUGGCAAAUGUGCAACUUGUGAGUGCAAGUUUCUGAAAAAAUUUUCAAAUUUGGGCCUCUUAGAAUGCAUUUCCAGCAUUCUAGAGCAAAAAUUGGAGUGUUUGAACAGAACACAGACAUCAUUAAAUUUUGGCUUUCUUAGUCAGUGACAGCACAUGAAUGCUCUAUUUAAACUGGGGUAAUUUUCAAAGAAAAGUGGGUGGGGAGAUCACAAGAAAUAGCCAGCGAAUUUCGCUGGCCACCGGCUCGUAUUGAAAACCCUGCAUUGAGGAAGGGUCUGUUAAGGGACCACAGUAAUUAGUGUCAAGCGCUGUUGCAGUGACACAGCCAAGAAUUCUGAACCUAAGUAAAUAAACUAGGCAUCCACCUCAACUCUCAAUGAGGGGGACAUUGGGGGGUACCUUAUACCUCAAUACUGUAAGAAAAACUGGAAAAUACUGAAAUACCAUGUAAAAAUCUAAAAAAUACUGAUGCCACAUUUAUGAUCAGUCGUACUUAAAGUUGUAUCCAUCUUGGGUGUUUGUUUAUCUGAGGCAAGUAUGCACCAGAAAUCAACCUCGGCCAUUGCAAGAAAACCUGGAAAGACCUUUUAGAAUUAAUUAGUACAAUGAUCAAAAAGCCUGGUCAUUGGAUGAAACAACAAUUCCAAGAUUAAAUUUCAGAAAUUCCGUAAUCAUUUGCCAUUAUGUCUAAAAUCUUACUGUGUUCUUGUGCUACAUAUUGUAUUGACUUGUAUUAGACAGAAAAGGGCAGAUGGACAGUACCAAAAUACCGUGAAGGAUCUUCUUUUACAAAAUACCGUCAGCCAUAAGAAUGAAAAACCACAUACCGUGGGGCUCAAUGAUACUGCAAGACCACACAGUAAAAUUAAAACAUGGCAAUACUGUAAACUCUAAUGUCCCCCUCCUCAACCUGGCAGUACUGAAACCAACAUGGAAAAAAAAAGAUCCACCUAGGUGUCCACAGGACAUCCCAACACCCACCUGCCUAAAACCGUGCUUCAUUCUUGAGCUCUGAAACAUGCACAAACAUUUUUUUUUCAUGCAUUGAUGAAACAAAAAAAACUAUGUGCACUUCAAAAUGUGUUCUUUGUUAAUUAAUCCGAUACACGAUAUGUUGUUCAAUUCUCAGUUCCCCAGUUGGCGUGACAACUUUCCUAUUUUUAGUUUUUUUUUCCUUUUUUUUCAGGUGGAUGUUGAGAAUCCAGACUUGAUUGCAUUUCCUGAAUUUUCAUCUGCUGUUUAUCAGGAGUGUAUCCUGAAGGAAGGACAGAUGUUGUACAUUCCACCUUAUCAUUGGCAUUAUGUUAGGUCACUUUCUCUGAGUUUCUCAGUCAGCUUCUGGUGGAACUAA